AUAUCGGGGUUCCCCGGCGGUUGCCUUGCAGAGGUGGGUCAGCUUUGAACAAUAGCGCCGGGUAGUGCGCUGGUGACAGUAUCGCUGAGCGCAGAACCUCGCGCAACAUCAUCAUCAUCAUCAUCAUCCGCUAUACGAGCGUUCACAAAUGGAGAUGGCCACGCGCUCUUGUAUUCUUCACACAUAGAUUUGAAAGAUCCGUAGGUUUGAAAUCCGUUCAAUCCACCACCAUCAUCGUCGUCCAUCCGUGGGAACACAUAGGCUAUUCUGCAAUGAUGAAUUCUGCCGAGGCGGCUGAGGAAGGACCAAAUGAUCCAGAUACAGACCCGUUUUUCAAAACAGUCCCCUCUUUCUCAUCAGGAUCUCUAAGGAAUGAUGGAAUAAAGGCGGCUGAUGUUCUGACAGUUUUAAGAGAGAAGGUCGCCUUUGUCUCAGGAGGAAGAGACAAGAGAGGGGGGCCCAUCCUCACCUUCCCAGCACGUAGUAACCAUGACAGAAUAAAGCAGGAAGACCUGCGCAAACUGGUGACCUACCUCUCCACUGUGCCCAGUGAGGAUGUAAGUAAACGAGGGUUUACAGUGAUCGUCGACAUGCGUGGCUCUAAGUGGGAUCUAAUAAAGCCAUUGCUGAAGACUCUGCAGGAGUCAUUUCCAGCUGAGAUCUGUGUCGCUCUGAUUAUCAAACCAGACAACUUCUGGCAGAAGCAGAAGACCAACUUUGGCAGUGCCAAGUUUACUUUUGAGACCAGUAUGGUUUCAGUGGAGGGUCUGACAAAGUUGGUGGACCCAUCCCAGCUGACGGCAGAUCUGGAGGGCACCCUGGAGUAUGACCAUGUGGAAUGGACCGAGCUCCGAGUUUCCCUUGAGGAGUUCUCAGGAAGUGCUCUGCACCUCCUCUCCCGGCUGGAGGAACUGCAGGAGGUGCUCUCCCGUCAGGAGCUGGCUGCUAACGCAGAGGAAGCUCGGAAGCUCCUGGAGGAGCAUGCUCGGCUAAGAAAGACCAUGACGAAGGCGCCAGUGGAUGAGUUAGACUGUGAAGGACAGAGGUUGCUUCAGAAGAUCAGGGAUGGGGGGGAUGGGAGGCUUUCGGGUGGGGCAGACUUCCAGAGUUUGGUACCUAAGAUUUCUGCCCUGCUGGAUAAACUUCAAGUUAUGCGACAGCACCUGCUACAGACAUGGCUCAACCGUAAACAACAGCUGGACCAGUGUUUUCAGUUACGACUGUAUGAGCAGGAUGCAGAAAAGAUGUUUGAGUGGAUAGGACACAAUAAAGAGCUGUUCUUGCAGUCACACACAGACAUCGGCGUAAGCUACCAGCAUGCAGAAGAUUUGCAGACCCAGCAUGACCACUUUGCCAUGAACUCUAUGAAUGCAUAUGUGAACAUUUCACGUAUCGUCUCUGUGGCGACGCGUCUGUGUGAGGCGGGGCACUACGCAGCGGGUCAGAUCCAGCAGAUCUCCAGUCAGUUAGAUCAGGACUGGAAGAGUUUUGCCUCAGCGCUGGAGGAGCGUAGUGCCAUCCUGGCCAUGUCCUCUGUGUUUCACCAGAAGUCUGAACAGUUUCUGUCCAGCAUGGAGGGCUGGGUGCAGUCAUGCGGUGAGAGCGGGUUGCCGACGGCAACACAGGAGCUUGAGAAGGCCAUACACAACCACCAGAAUCUGUACGAGCUGGUCUCCACAGCAUACACAGAGGUCAGUCAGAAAGGGAAGACCCUGCUGGAUGUGUUGCAGAGGCCCCAGCCGCCAGCUGACUCUGGGUCUCUCACAGCUGGGGCUGACUAUAGUCAGGCAAUUAGGGUUGUUCUGGAGAUGGUCCAUGAGGUAGUUCAUCAGUAUUGCAGACUAGAGGGUCUCCUGCAACACUCCAAGCUCCGACUGCACCAGAGACUGCAGCUGUGUGUGUUUCAACAAGAUGUGCAACAGGUUUUGGACUGGAUUGAAAACCAUGGAGAGGCAUUCCUCAGUAAACACACAGGAGUUGGAAAAUCUGUGCACAGAGCACGAGCGCUACAAAAACGACAUGACGACUUCCAGGAGGUGGCACAGAAUACUUACACUAAUGCAGAUAAGCUGUUGGAAGCAGCGGAGCAGCUGGCUCAGACGGGAGAGUGUGAUCCUGAAGAGAUUUACGCUGCGGCCCAUCACCUAGAGGUCAGAGUUCAAGAGUUUGUCCGCAGGGUGGAGCAGAGGAAACUACUUCUGGAUAUCUCUGUGUCUUUUCACACCCACACCAAAGAGUUGUGGUCUUGGAUGGAGGAUCUGCAGAAGUCUCUGGUGGAGCCGGUGGUGAACUCUGAGUCGGUGGAUGCUGUUCAGGAGCUGAUCAGACAGUUUCAGCAGCAGCAGAGCAGCACGCUGGAUGCCACGCUCAAUGUCAUCAAAGAAGGGGAGGAGCUUAUUCAACACCUGCGGGACUCAGCACUGGCCUGUAAUAAGUUACCUCAUGCCAGCUCAGUAGCUCAUAUUGAAGGGGUUCUCCAGCAGUUGGAUGAAGCUCAGGCUCAUAUGGAGGAGCUUUACCAUGAUCGCAGGAUCAAACUGGACAUCUUCCUGCAGCUCCGGAUCUUUGAGCAGUACGCAGUGGAGGUAAUGGGUGAGCUUGACGCUUGGAAACAGGAUUUGAUGCGACAGGCAUCUGACUUUAACACAGAAGAACUCACAUUGGCUGAACAGAGACUCCACAGACACAAUGAGCGGAAAAUCGCCAUGAACAGCAUGACCUUUGAGGUCAUACAGCAGGGACAAGACCUCCACCAGUACAUCAUGGAGGUCCAGGCUUCAGGUAUGGAGCUUACUGGAGAGAAAGACGUCGACUUGGCGGCUAGAGUUCUAGAGCUUCUGGAGUUUUUGAAUGAAAAACAGCAUGAGUUGGAAUUGAGCUCCGAACACACACACAAACGUCUGGAGCAGUGCCUGCAGCUAAGACACCUGCAGGCAGAGGUCAAACAGGUGUUGGGUUGGAUCCGUAAUGGCGAGUCUAUGCUGACAGCAAGCACAACAAAUGCUGGUUCCCUGUCUGAGGCGGAGCAACUUCAGAGAGAGCACGAGCAGUUCCAGCUUGCCAUUGAGUCUCUGCUUCAUGCGGACUCCCUCCAGCGCACCCACCAGAGUGCCCUGCAGCUACAGCAGAGAGCAGAGCUGCUUUUGCAGGCGGGCCACUAUGACCCGGAUGCCGUACGGGCGUGUGCUGAGACUGUAGCCCUGCAUUGGCAGACCCUUAUGCUGAAGAUGGAAGACAGACUGAAGCUGGUUAAUGCCUCCGUGGCCUUCUACAAGACCUCUGAGCAGGUGUGUAAUGUACUGGAGAGUCUGGAACUGGAGUACCGGAGAGAAGAGGACUGGUGUGGCGGUCAUGAUAAACUGGGCUCAAUGGCAGAGACUGACCAUGUUAGCCCUCUAAUCAACAAACACCUGGAGCAGAAAGAGGCCUUUCUCAAGGCGUGUACAUUAGCACGUCGUAACGCAGAGGUUUUUCUCAAGUACAUCCAUCGAAACAAUGUGAGCAUGCCGGGGGUCGCCACACACAAUCGUGCCACUGAGACCCAGGUCAAAGCUAUUUUGAGUGAGCUGCUACAGCGGGAAAAUCGCGUCCUUCAUUUCUGGACUAUGAAAAAGAGGCGUUUAGACCAGUGCCAACAGUACGUUCUGUUUGAACGACAUGCCAAACAGGCUAUAGACUGGUUACAGGAGGCAGGAGAGUACUUUCUGUCCACACACACAUCUCCUGGUGAUAGCAAUGAAAAAACUCAGGAACUGCUGAAAGAGUAUGAAGAUUUCCGUGUCUCAGUUAAGCAAACUCAGGAGAAGGUGAAGCUCUUGAUCCAGCUGGCUGGUAGUCUGGUAGAGAAAGGGCAUGUCCACGUAACGGAGCUGAAGAGGUGGGUGUCGACGGUGGACAGAAGGUACCGAGACUUUUCCAUGCGGAUGGGUCAGUACCGCUGCAGCUUAGACCGAGCGCUGGGACUGUGUUCUGAGGACCAUAAAGACCUGGAGCUGGACAUCAUCCCUGCCAGCCUGACCCACACUGACCCAGAGGUCACCCUCAACGACCCCGACCACGACAUCAAUGAAGAAAAAAAGAAAUCUGCCAGAAGGAAAGAGUAUAUUAUGGCUGAGCUGCUGCAGACGGAGAGAGCUUACGUACGAGACCUGCAGGAGUGUUUGGAGACGUUCAUGUGGGAAAUGUCGAGCGGAGCGGAGAUCCCAUCUGGAAUCACUAACAAGGAACAUGUGAUCUUUGGGAAUAUUCAGGAGAUUUAUGAAUUUCAUAACAAUAUAUUUCUAAAAGAGCUGGAGAACUAUGAGCAGCUUCCAGAAGAUGUGGGCCACUGUUUUGUCACAUGGGCUGAUAAAUUCCACAUGUACGUCACCUACUGCAAAAACAAACCCGACUCCAGUCAGCUCAUCCAGGGCCAGGCCGGGAGGUUCUUCGAUGAGAUCCAGAGGAGACAUGGACUGGCCAAUUCCAUCUCAUCAUACCUGAUCAAACCCGUCCAAAGAAUCACCAAAUACCAGCUGCUGCUGAAGGAGUUGCUGACGUGUUGUGAGGAAGGUAAAGGAGAAAUAAAGGAGGGAUUGGAGGUGAUGCUCAGUGUGCCCAAACGUGCUAAUGAUGCCAUGCAUGUCAGCAUGCUGGAGGGUUUUGAUGAGAAUCUGGACGUACAGGGUGAGCUGAUCCUACAGGACACCUUCCAGGUGUGGGACCCCAAAUCACUUAUCCGCAAAGGCCGCGACCGCCACCUCUUCCUCUUUGAAAUCUCCCUCGUCUUUUGCAAAGAGAUGAAAGACUCAUCGGGACGUACCAAAUAUGUUUACAAGAACAAGCUGCAGACAUCAGAGUUAGGAGUCACGGAACACAUCGAAGGGGAUCCGUGUAAGUUUGCACUGUGGGCCGGACGGACGCCAACAUCUGACAACAAAACAGUUCUCAAGGCCUCCAGUAUAGAAAUAAAACAGGAGUGGAUCAGGAACAUCAGGGAGGUGAUUCAGGAGAGAACAGUCCACCUGAAGGGGGCGCUAAAGGAGCCCAUACACCCUCCAAAAACCCCAGCCCGACAGCGCAGCAUCAGCAAGAGGGACACUACUGAGGAUGCGGACAGUCAGGGUGAUGCCAGCAGUCAGCCCGACACAAUCUCCAUCGCUUCCCGCACAUCCCAGAACACUGUGGACAGUGACAAGUUGUCGGGUGGCUGUGAGCAGACCGUGGUUCUGCAGGAUUUCGUUGCGGGCUCAGUUGGUGAGCUGAGUAUUCAAUCGGGUCAGACAGUCGAGCUCUUGGAGCGGUCUGGAGAGCGACCUGGCUGGUGUCUGGUGCGGACCACCGAAAACUCAGCCCCACAGGAGGGUCUGGUUCCCAGUAGUACCCUUUCUGUGUCUCAUUCCCGCAGUAGUGUUGACAUGGACUGCUUUUUCCCACCUGGGAAAGAAAACUAUCCUGUGGGUAGUUCAGAGGUCAAAUCUGAGUCAGCUGCAACCCUGCAGACGCAGACAUCGGUGACCUCUUUGCCGACCGGUUCUCCAGGACCCAAACGCUCUGGAACUACUGGAAACACAUUAAAGAAAUGGCUCACUAGUCCUGUACGGCGCCUCAGCCAUGGCAAGGGUGACAACACUAAUGCCAAAAAACCCAACAAUAAGCAACGUAAACGAGACGGCCGCAAGAGUGUAGAAUUGGGCCCACCACACCAAGACAGCACUGAAGAGAGGGGAAGACGAGGAGUGAACAGUGGGGGAGAAGAGGAAGCCGAAGACGAACCCCACACCCCACUCCCUCCCCCCAUGGAGAUCAUUAAGGACCCCUCUGCUCAGGAGGAGAAGACACCAGAGUCUGGCUCUUUUCCAGUGUUAGGCAGUGUCACCAUGUCUGAUCAGACACCCAGAGACCCAGAGACAGAGCAGAAGAACAAAGCCAUGAGAGGACGAAUGUUUGUGUUAAAUGAAAUGGUACAGACAGAGAGAGACUACGUGAAGAAUCUGGGCGUAAUAGUAGAGGGCUUCAUGAGAAAGAUUGGAGAGAAAGGUGUUCCGGAGGACAUGACUGGGAAGGAUAAAAUAGUCUUCGGGAACAUUCAUCAAAUCUACGACUGGCAUAAAGAGUUCUUCCUCGGUGAGCUGGAGAAAUGUCUGGAGGAUCACGAUAGACUGGCCGAGCUGUUUAUCAAGCAUGAGAGAAGGUUACACAUGUAUGUGAUCUACUGUCAGAACAAGCCCCACUCAGAGUUUGUUGUAGCUGAAUAUGACAAAUUCUUUGAGGAGGUACAGCAGGAGAUAAACUCCAGACUGUCUAUCAGUGAUUUUCUCAUCAAACCCAUCCAGAGGAUUACCAAAUACCAGCUCCUGCUCAAGGACUUUUUGAAGUACAGCUCUAAGGCAGGAUUGGACUGUAAAGAGAUAGAGAAAGCAGUUGAUCUGAUGUUCCUGGUGCCCAAACAAUGUAACGACAUGAUGAAUCUGGGACGACUGCAGGGCUACGAGGGGAAGCUUGUAGCUCAGGGAAAGUUAUUGCAGCAGGACACAUUCUUCGUGACAGAGCAGGACAGUGGUGUUCUGUCUCGCAGUAAAGAGCGCAGAGUCUUUCUCUUCGAACAGAUCGUCAUCUUCAGCGAGCUUCUGCGUAAAGGGUCCUCAACACCGGGGUACCAGUUUAAAAAGGGCAUCAAGGUGAGCUACCUUAGCAUGGAGGAGCAUGUGGACAGUGAUCCCUGUAAGUUUGUGUUAUUAUGUCGCGGCUCAUCUGAACGGUUAACACUACAGGCUGCUAACAUCGACAUCAAGAAAGAGUGGGUGCAAAGUAUCAGAGGACUACUGGACAUGCAGAUGAACUUCCUAACGGCUCUCCAGAACCCACAGGAGUAUCAGAAGAAGGAAAGUGGAGGUUCUCUGACCAGACAGUUUUCCAAUAGCAGCCGUUCCUUGUCUUCUCACCCCUCCACCCCCCUCAAACCGAACACCGCCCCAAAUGGCAGCCCCGCCCACAAAUCCAACAAGCAUGCAGAGGAGGAGCUGGACGAGGGGGAGUGUAACGGCUUGUCAUCGGUGCUCGUGACGCAGGACUACAAUGCUGUAAAGGAGGACGAGAUAUGUGUGGUGGUUGGUGAGAAGGUGCAGAUCCUGGCAUCUAAUCAGCAGAACAUGCGCUUGGUUUAUCGACCAGCAAACAGCCAAUCACCUGCUGCAGAGGGCUGGGUACCGGGUCAUGUACUGUCCUUGACCCGGUAAAGCCACGCCCCCUCAACACCUUGGAAUAAAACCACUACAGCCAGAACUCAACCAAUCAAAUUCACCCUUAAGUUUCACCACAGUGAACCAGUCUACUCUGGGAAGGUGUUGAAGACAUGCCAUUUAAACUCCUGCUAAUCUGCCUUUGGUCAGUCAGAACGGGAAAUCCCGCCUCUUUCCCCUGCUGUCGUACUGAUAAGGACUAAAGAUGCACGCUGUGAAAAAACGGUGCAACAUCACCUCCAAUUGUCAAUAUGGACAAAAGAAAAUGUGAAAUAAGAAAGUGCAAGAAAAUAUAUUAUAUUGCUAAUAAUUUAAAAAAAGACUAAGUUGCAUAUAGAGGAAACUGAGGAGAAUUUGUCAGUGAAUUACGUGUGGAUUUGUAUGGAUGUUAAUGUCACCGAUUCUCAUCAACAUGCUCCAUUAUGUGCUACGGACUGUUUUUAAAUGGGGCUCCCCCUAUUUCCCUGUCUCUGUCUAUGCCAAGUCAUUUGCACAUGUGUAUAUUUAGUUUUAAUAAGAUUUUAUUUUUGGAAACUUCUUUUAUUUUAAUUGUCUUAUUUUUUACGGCUACUAAGUGUGGCACAUCUAUCAUUUCCUUCAGUUCUUUUAACCAGUUCAGUGUUCUGUACAAAGUAUUCGACACUUUUCCAACAAAUAGUAUCGCAAUGAUGGUAAGUUGUACAAUAUCACAAUCGUCAUAAUGCUCAUAACUGUACUUGUAACUAAAGAUUUAAAUGUAUUAUUCUGUAUCAUUUUAAAUUUGUACAUAAUAUUUUUGACAUUGCCAUAAUAGAUACACAGCAGAGGAAAAUGCUCCUACUCCUGUCAGGCUCAAAAAAGAAAGCUAAAGUCUGCACUGCCUCCGAAACCAGAUCCUCCGAUUUUUACAUUUGACAUCAUCAGAUUUAGUAUGUAAUAAGUUACCAUCUGAAUCAUAUCAGACCAGAUGUUUACUCAAAAUUAGUCGGUUAAAAAUGGAUGUUGUUGAUUUCUGAAAAGUAGUCUCUGCUGUCAGCAUUCCGAGAUCUCAGACAUAUGUGUAAAUAAACGUAAAACAAAUCAUUCUAGCAGGUGUAUAACUUGUUAAACUCUUGAAUGUUGUUCAUAAUAAAGCUGACAAUUUUUCA